AUGAAAAGGCAGCCGCCCCGACAUGGCAUAGCAACACAACAUCGUUCCGACAGUCCACACAAUUCCAGUUCCGGAUCUUCCCCAGUCAUGUCCAACAGUAGUUCUAGUCCGGCGCCUCCCUCGAGCAGUCCUAGUCCACAAGAGAGCCCAAAAAACUCAACGGCAGCAGCAGUAGCAGGAACAUCCUAUCAGAAUCCACCAGCAGCCCCUGAAAGUAGUCGUCAUCAUUUGCCGUUUUACGGGGAACCGUCGUCCUCAACAGCAGCAGCAGCAGUAAUUCUACGUGAUAACAACCACGGUAACAACAACAGUAACAGAUUAAGCCAGUACAGCAACGGUAGCAUCGAAGCGAACCGGAAACUGAACCGCCUCUCGACGUCUUCCUCGCUUUCGAUCAUAACGCCACCCACGACGCCGAAACGCCCCGCAGGUCGGCUCAAGUUGGCCCUCAGCGCCUCGUUGGCCCAUAAUUUUAACCAGAAGCUAGCCAACCUGAACGACCGCUGGAACGAUUUCAGUUUGAUGUUACGGCACAGUGCCAAGGUAGGAGGAGGAAGCAGCUCGAUCGGAAGUGGAGCGGGGGCCACCGGAGGUCGAAACGAUUCCUACCACUCGAUUGAAUCGGCCGUUACCUGUACGGCGACCGAUCUCGAAGCGCAAAACCAAGCUGCGGCCCUCAUGAGCGGUGGAGAGGGCGAGGAAGAUGACGAAUUCACUAAUUGCGGCAACCGUGCUAGUCGUCGCCAUUCUCAGAAGCAGAAACAGAAGAAGGAGGCGGAAUCCCGCAGCAGUGGUGGCUCCAGAGGGUUGUGGAACAGUAGCGGCAAAUCUCACCAGCAUCAUCACCACAAUCAGCAGCAGCAUCAUCAUCAAAGUCAUAGUCAGAGCAGAAAACCGUUAGAAAGGCAGCACCGCAGCCAUCAUCAUCACCAUAGACGUGGCAUUUCGCCGCGACGGAACAGCACCGGCGGAGACCCGAAGGAGUUUGACAUGUUGGUGCUGAAAUCCAACGACAAUGAGUGGGACGAUAAUGAGAGUUUUUAA